GCACGGUUUAAACAUUGACAGAGAGCUCUGAGCCGACUCUGCUAAUUGUCCAGCAAAAAAUAUGGCCACGUCGUCAACUUUCGUCACUGCUGUCACCACCCUCAUUGUGGGGGUGGUUAUGCUCUGUCUCAUCGCGGGGGGUGGGGACGCGUCCGUAAAAAAGAAGGAGUCGAGUGGAAUGAGUUUGCAAGAACGGGUCCAACAAUUGACUGAUUUGUCAAACAAGCGUCCAAUUAUCAGGAUGAAUGUUGCCAAGUUUAAUGAAUUUGUGAAAGGCGUUCCACGUAACUACUCUGUGAUUGCAAUGUUCACUGCCCUGUCGGCGAGUCGCGGUUGUACAAUUUGUGGCCCUGCGAACGAAGAAUUUACAAUUAUUGCAAAUUCGUUCCGAUUCAAUAGUCAAGUUUAUUCGAACAAGCUCUUCUUCGCCUUAGUGGACUUUGACGAGUGCCAGAGCAUAUUUCAAAGUAUGAAACUGUACACGGCCCCAGUAUUCAUUCACUUUCCAGCCAAGGGGAAACCUUCAACGCAAGACAAGAUGGACAUACAACGGUUUGGCGUUGAAGCGGAAGCUGUAGCACGAUGGAUUCAAGAACGGACCGAUAUUCAAAUUCGAGUCUUUCGACCACCAAACUAUUCUGGAACAAUGGCUCUCGUAAUAGUGACGGUGUUGGUGGGAGGACUGCUCUAUUUGAAGAGGAACAAUUUGGAGUUUCUGUACAACAGGACUGCUUGGGGAAUUGCUUCAUUGUUUAUCGUGUUCUGUUUCACUUCGGGUCAAAUGUGGAACCAAAUUCGGUCACCUCCCGUCGUACAAAGGACACAGAAGGGAAUUUCCUACAUCCAUUCCUCAUCACAAGGACAACUCGUGGUGGAGACUUAUAUCGUCUUUGCGCUUAGUGCGGCAAUAACGACUGGAAUGAUUCUUCUAAUUGAAGCAGCCAAAGGGAAGAGCGACAUUCGAAAGAGACGUGUUAUGCUAGUCGUAGGGCUGGGAAUGUUUGCCCUCUUUUUCGGAAUGAUAUUGUCCAUCUUCAAGUCUAAAGCGCACGGAUAUCCGUACAGCUUCAUCAUGUCUUAAUAAAUCAAUAAAUUAAGUGUAACUACUACUGGUAAAUAUUCUCCUUCUAAUUUCCUACUUCACGAGUAAUACAGUACUUAAGGUUAGCUAAAUCACAAGUCACUUACUUAUAUAUUUCUACGCUUCUUUUGGUUGAUUAUUACUGUUAUUUGGGAAUAGGAAAUGUGUAUCGUCAAAAAUUAAUAGCUGUUUUGUUGACUUUCGAUUAUUGCGGUCAUUCCAUGUAUUUAAAAAAUAAUAACUGACUACAUAGUUUUGUUUUGUUAUUUUCCUUGUUCAAUUUUGAUAAGCUAGCUAUGGAUUCGAAUUCGAUAACUGGUUAUUUUGAUGAGGCUUUAAUUUUCAACUAUUGGAGAAAUAAGAAUAUUGCUAUUCUUAAAGCUAUCUAUUUAUUAUGUUCCAGUCAAUAAUUGUGUGCAUGCAUGCAGAUGAAGCACAAUCAAUCAAAUUUACUAAAUUACAAUAAGAUUACUUGUAAGUAAAUGGAUAGUGAUGAUAUGUAGUAGAUUUAGCUGGAAUUGGUUACCUUUUCAUUGAUUUAUCAUAUCUUAUUAAAUUUUAGACUUAUUAUACUUAAUAAGAUUGCUCAUCACGAGUUAUGUUGUUGGCAAGAAGUACCAAUAAAAAAGUGUUAGUUGUUUAAAAGUA